AACAAUUUAAAAAAAAAGGAAGGGGCGGAACAAGCGCCAGGCCUCGGCGGUGCGACGGACAGGCUUUUUCUCCGGCGAAUUCUCUCCGGCAGACUCCCUCCGGCAACCUGGAAAAAUGUACCAGUCCAUUAGUCUACUGGUAAUUAAUAUACCAGUGCUAGUGGUACGCUACCAGUGCGUUAAAAAUGUACCACUACUAGUGGUACGUUACCAGUAUAUCGCUACCACUAUCAUAUUGUGUCGUACCAUUAGCACUGGUAGCGCUACCACUAGCAUUGGUAGCGGUACCAGUAGAGAAUAACACAAAAAAACAGAUGAUAGUGGUACCAGAUGAUAGUGGUACGCUACCACUACCAGCUACCUUAUGGGAGUGGUAGGUACCAUUAUCACUGGUACGCUACCAGAAGAAAAAUGGUACCACUAAAAAACCAGAACUAGAAAAGGGGAGUCGGUGACAGGAGAGAGAGGUAGGGGAAGAGGGUGACCUCGCGACGGCGGCAGUGGUGGGGGACGAAGGGCGGCGAGAGGGAUCCGACGGUGGAAGGCUCGACAGGCGGCUGCAGGAGACAGGGGCGCCGACGCUGGCGGUGGAGAGCUGUGGCGGCGGAGGGCUCUAUGAGAGAGAGGGAGGAGAGACGGUGAUGGAUAUGGGAGAGAGGGAGGAGAGAGGGAUAGGGAUGGCAAUGGGUCGGGUUGGGCGCGGAUAGUGCAUAUCCGUUACCCUACCCAUAGUAGUUCGGGUUUUACCCAUACCCAUACCCACAUGUGAAAUGGGUAGAAAAUCAAAACCAUGCCCAUACCCGUUCGGGUUUCGGGUAUCCACGGUUAUCCAUGGGUAAUAAUUUCUCUUCAUAACUUCAACCAAUAUGUUAACAUUCAUAUGUAUUGUCACAUUACGUAAGAGGAAAAGUACGACAAUAAUUCAUUAGGAUGAAGAAAAUUAAUUAAAACCACACAAUUUCAUGAAAAUAUUAUAUUCAUAUGCUAAAUAUAAAAUAUGUUAGAGAAAAAUAUUGAUUAUUUCUAGACAAAAUACAUAUGCAUGUGUAUAAUCGGGCGGGUUCGAGUUGGAUAGUGAGAAACCCAUGCCCACCCAUUACCCGCAAUAUUCGGGUUCGGAUUUUACCCGUACCCACUAAAUGUCAUUCGGGUUCGGGUUUUACCCUACCCGAUUAGGCCGGAUUCGGGCGGAUAUCCACGGUUACGGAUAUUUUUGCCAUCCCUAGAGAGGGAGGAUGGAGGAGUUAGGGUUUUUUUCUUUUUAUAUGAUAGGUGAAUGAUUGAAUGUGGUAAAUUUUUAACUUUUCAAAAAUAUCCUUUCUUUAAUCUUAACAAUUAAUUAAAAAAAAAAACCUGGAGAGAGCGUAUUCAACAACUAUGAAAUGAGUUGUGAAUCUGACAACUCCCUUCAGUGUGUCACCGUAUCCCGUCCAGUCUUAUGAUAUUAGCCCGCCCUUUCGCUAAUGAAGGCUCCCGAGGAGAGGAGAGAGUUGAGGCAGCAGUGGCAAUUGCCGCGGCACGUAUGAUCGCUCUGCUCUUCUUCCUCUUCCAUUUCAAAGUAUCACCCAGUUCCUCCACUGAGUAAAGCAGGUAACUUACUCGAUUUCGCCAUUGUUAAAAUCCUAUACCAUCAUCGAAUUCCCCUCGUGCUCAACCUUUUCAUUAUUAAGUUCUUUGUUAUAAAUAUCCUAUUACUUCUUUCACCUGAAUGUAAUCAUUUUUCUGGGACUCUUCUUCUGCACUGGUCUACGCAACCUCUCGGUUGUGUUUCUUGUGGAAUUAGAAAGCUGGGCUGGGUUCCACAAUUUAAUGUAUCUUCUGUUUUUUGGAUCUUCCCUUGUUUUAAUUCAUCAGGUGCCGUUUUAUCUUCAUCGCUUGUUGACUACAGUUGAAGCGAGGACGUUUGGUUGAUCGGUCUACUCUCGUCUACUUGGGAUUCCUCUCAAUUAAUGGCAGAUCUAUCUCGAGGUUGGUUUACAUGUCUAUGCAACAUUUCUUCUCCCAUAUAUUUCAUUUUGGUGGGUUUGUUCAGGAAAUCAAAAUCUGCCUUUCUCCCAUAAGUAAUCUGUGUUGCUGUUUAGGGCUUAAGCGCUUCAUACCUUCCCACCGCCAUCUAUGGCUCUCAUACUAGGAUCGAUUGAGGAAACGAGAGUAAUUUUCAUCUCAAAGUCGACUGCUGGGAUGCCUAGUUCCUCAUGAGAUUCAUAGUUUGUUAUUGGUUUCUAGCUGCUAAAGAUUGAUACAAACAUAGCAGCUGCUACUGCUUGCUGCCUUUGCAUAUCAACCACCAUGGAUUUACACGGCAUGACUCCUCAUUCCGACUCCGGAAAGCUGGAACAGGUGGUCUCACAAUUCCUUUUGAAGAGCUUGCACAUUAUACUGGACUCUCGGAUCCCAUCUAUUCUUCCGUGUGAAAGGACUUGUGAUUCUCGGGUCAGGAAGAGUGACAAAUGGUUCAAUCUGGUACUUGGGGAUCGCCCAGCUGCACUAGAUAACUUGAACUUCUGGCAUAGGAAUUUGAUGGAUCCAAUGAUCAUUGACAUUAUACUUGUUCAGCAACGGACACCAGUCUCAUCUGUGAACAAUGUGCUCUCUGGUUCAUCAGGAAGAACAGCUACAGAGACGGUCAUAGAGAGGUGGUUCGUUCAGUUUGAGUCACCUCCCAGAGUUACUGCUUCCCAACCUGGUGAGGGUUGUGCUGCCUCUUAUAAGAAGACAUAUAAGAAGUCAAUCAUAUUCUUACGUUCCCUAUACUUGCAAACAAGGCUUCUUCCAGCAUACCGAAUCUUUAGACAGCUUAGCUCCUCUAGCCAAUCUCUUAACUUUGAUAUCAUUUACAAGGUUUCAUCUUUCUCCGAACCAUUCUCUAGGGCGGAGGAGGAAAUGAUGAAGGAAUAUCGGUUUGUUCCUAUUGAAGCCUUUCCUGGCAGGCUACAUGUAUCGGUAACUUAUCGCCCACAAUUGUCCGACUUUAACCUUCAGUCGUUGACCACAAUGCUUCCCAAAAUCAUAUCCGAUUAUGUUGGUAGCCCUGCCACUGACCCUCUUAGGUACUUUCCCUCUUCAUACAAAGGAGAUCGUGCCAUAUCUUUCCCCUCUGAAGUAAUGCACGCUCCUACUUCAGUACCUUCUCAACGACCGCAUAGCUGGACAAGUGGUUUCCAUAAACCGGUUGUCAACCGUCAUCUUGCUGGGUCGCCACCAGUGCACUGCACAUCCCAAAUGUCAUAUGAUUCACCAUCUCCACCCUUGGAAAGGAUCCAAAACCAUAGACGACCAUUGCAUCAAAGGGCUCUCUUAUAUGAUGAAUGUCAGCUUUCUCCUCCCUUUUCACUAUCUGUCUCCCCUUCUACUCCAACAUACUUAAGAAACAGUGAUAGUCCUAGGCAAACUCGUGCAAGUUGUGAAACUGCCCCUGUGACUAUUCCAUCCUCAAUGACAAGCAGAAAUGCUAGAUACAUCUCUCCCAACUUUUCUGAUCCGAGUAAACUUUCCCUUCCUCCUUUAUCUCCCAGAAGCACACGGCUUGAUCAUUCAUCAAAUGAAUCCCUAUCUGGGAUGAGGUUAAUUAAGAAAUCGGAAGCUUCAAGGGCUGGCGAUUUGGGCUCUGUUGGUCAGAAGGUGCUCAAAGAUAGCAGAGAUGAUUCAGGACGGUUUUCUGGACCAUUAUCUUCCAGCGACUCUCCACGUGUUGGAUUUUCUAGGAGUUCUAGUAAAUUAUCUUUCCAGGAUGAUAUAGAUGAUUGUGACUUUUCGUGUCCUUUUGAUGCGGAUGAUGUUGACUCACCAGACUCACGAAUCAGUCAGAACUUUGAUGGGAAAAGAAACCUGGAAUCUACAUCAAUCGGUAGGAAAUCACAAGAUGCAGCAGUCGGUGUCCUUGUUCACAUGUUGAGGACUGCACCUCCACUGCACCAAGAUUCCAGCUGUUUCUCAUGCCGUUCCUUGAGAGCCGAAGUAGAUAAUGAUGGGAUUGCUACUACUGCUUCUGGGUUCUUUGUACCUCGAAGAACGUCUGAUGCCUUGGAAGAGCUGAGGAGUUACAGGGAAAUGAAGGACCUAUUACUGUCUAAGAGUGGAACUCAGGUGCUCACCAGAGAACCAUCAUGAGAUAUUAUAUGAUACUGGUUCAUGUAAGGACCUAUUACGCUCGAGCAUGGUGCCUGUAAUUUUACGGGCAAAGCCUUGAUUUUUUCAGUUAUUCGGACUUUGUCCUUUGAAACUAUUGGUAAAUUGUAACAUUAAAGGCACUACAUCUUGAAUAGAAUUAGUUCACAGGGGAAUGCGGAAAUAGAUAUUACGACGCCACCCAGCUGAUAGCAGAUAUUUUGCAGUUCUGUUCCAACUCUGCCUUCUUUCUUUUGGCUCAAUUUGGGCUUGGGCACUCUACUCAUAACUUCUCUUUUACAUAACAAACAAGGCCGACCUCCUAUGAGUUUACUUAAUCAACUGGAGCUUGACUCUAUAACGGCUUCUCAUAAUUAAUAAAGCCUAGUGCAGAUUUUUGUCAAAAAUAAUAUUUAUCACUCAUAUCUUUGCUCAUGUCAAGUAUAAUUAGGGAUGUCGAUUUGGUUUGGUUAACCAAAUUAUUAGUAUGAAAAUAAAAAUAAAAUCAGUUAAAUUCUUGAAAUCCAAAAUCAAAAUCUUUAAGGGUGUAUGAGUUGGGUUUGGAUACCCAUAAUCUAAAUGUGUAUGAAUUUAUUCGAAGUAGUUUUAAUUACACAUACAAAAAUUAGAACUAUUUGUAGAACUUCAAAAUUUAGGUACCAAAAUGUAGUACAAAAAAAAUUAGGUACUAAAAUGUAUUGUUCCAUCAAUAUUUUGAUUUUUGAGGACUUGUAAUGCUAAAAAACAUUUAGGCUAUAAAUCUAAGAUCUAUUAAGUUUAGGUACCGAACUAUAAUUUGCACAGUUGAGGCUUAAUUCCUUUAAUGGUGAUGUAUUUAAGAUGAUAAUUAUUUACUUUUUUAUAGAAAAAUGAAAUUAUUUAUUUGAUAUGUGUAGGUACCUAGCCAAACAUAUAAUUGUUGAAAAUCUAGACCGGGUGAAAAAGAAAAACUCUAUAGAGAAGCAAAAUGAAUACAAACGGAAAAUCGCUUAAAAUUUCACGCCUUCAAAUCUCAUAGUGGAAAAUGAUGAGUUUUUAAUAAGUAAUAAUCAUAUAUCUUUAAUUUUAAUUGGACUCGACAUUGAGCUGAAAAAGUUCAUGGUUCAAUUAUUAAUUCUCUGGAGUGUUGGUGAGUCGUGUAUGGAAUAGUUCAUACUUGUGAUUAGAAUACAUAAAAAUAGUAUACUAAUUAGGGUUAGACGAAGAAGGUAAAGAAAGAAAUAAAGAAAGGGUUAUGGAAGGCGAGUGAAAAAUGAAAUGAAGAGGAAAUAGAUGAUGGAAAGGUUGGGUCAUUUUUAUACUUAUAUUAACUUUUAACUUUUUUUAUUACUGUUGAUUUUUUUAAACAUUGUUCUAUUAAAAUGUCAUACAAAUACUUCAUACAGAUCAAUAUCUUAAUGUACUCGUGUUAUAUUUUACUAAAUAUGUUGUCACAUCACCGAAUAGAAUGUUCUUUUAAAAAAUAAUUAUUAUUUUUUCAAAUGGAUAUCAUACAUGUUUUUUUUGAAGUAAAAAUCUCAUCAAAGACCAAAAUGGUCGAAUCUUUUUCUACAGUUGAGUGAUACAACAUCUUGUAUGGUACAAACUAAAUUUAUACUUUUAUGUUAUGGUGGAUUGGAUUCAUGGAUUGGUGGAUUGGAUUUAUGGAUUCAAGUGAAAUAUAAACAUUGGACCAAUAUGUAAAUUUUAAAAAUUGUUGGUACGAAAAUCUCAUAAAGUUUAGAUACUAAAACAUAAUUGCUCAAUGAUUUUACAUUAAAAUUAAAUUUGAGGU